AUGGGCACCCCGCGAGCGAAACGUCUGCUCCCAAAAAGGGCAGAUGCUGUAUCGCUUAAUCCCCGCGGCCCGAAUCUCUCCGCGGAGAAACCUGAUGAGGCCGGAGUCCCCUUUAAUCUGGGCUGUAUACAACUGUGUUUACCCAUCACUCAGAUAAAGGCAACACAACUGCUUCCAUUGUGUUAUCUCUCUAUGCUCGAGCAGAGGAGAGUGUUGGAUGUAACUUUUCCAUUAGGUAAUGAAGGGAGGAAGCCGCGAGGUGAAAUCUUGCGGUUGACCACAGCAGCUCCCAGAUCUCCUGGAGCCUCCAUCACUACUGGAACCUGGAGCAGGCAGCUGGAAUCUCGGUUCAGCUGCCUUCAUCUCAGGGCUAUUUGGGAAGAAAAACUGAUUCCGCAUCUGCUCAAACAUCUGCCUCCGCCAUUCGCUGUCAUUUUUUUGGCCCAUUUAAAGAUACGACACUGCCUUCGCCCAUCUUCAAGCUUAUAA